AUGAGCUCGCAGCGCUAUCAACGGGUGAAUGCCCAAGAUGAUGAAGACCACUCUCAAUCGUAUCCGUUGAAUCCUACUGGUUCCGACCUCACGCCACACUCUCCGCCCCCGUCAUUCCGCUCCCGAUCUUCCUCGCCAUCAUCCAGGCGGCUAUUGCAUGAUGACCCACUCCGCCAUAAUGAGGACCAGACACUAGCCGAUGCGUUUGACGACGGCGAUGAGUCGGAUGGAGAUGACCAGCCCGACGACCGCCAACGGCUGAUGCGUGCCAACCCUGACUCCUCGUUACCCAGUGAGAAUGGCCAGCCCUCGGCAGCGACCGGCUCAUCGUCGGGGUCCGGAAUCGACGCUCAGAAUCCUCCUACACCGAAUCUUCCUCGACGGCAGACUAUGUUGCCAAUAUUUACAGCCCCAGCAACAGCGGGAGGCCGCGCGAUCGCUGCAUCGAAUGAUGGUGUUUUUGCGAACUUAGCUGCCAAGCCUCAGCCAGGCGAGAAAACUGAUGACUUACCACCCUCAUACGAAGAAGCUGCUGCUGAUGCGACUCCUCCUUACUGGGAGACUACGAUCGUGGCUCCUGGCCUCGCAUCGGAUGAGGUCUACGUGGACGGGCUCCCCGUGGGAUCCAUUUUCUCCUUUGUCUGGAACGCUAUGAUCUCUAUGUCUUUCCAGCUUGUUGGUUUCCUCUUGACCUACCUUUUACACACAACCCAUGCCGCCAAAAACGGGAGCCGAGCCGGUCUCGGUCUGACCCUUGUGCAAUACGGCUUCUACAUGAAGGGUGGCAGCGAUUCCCCUGGUGGUGAUGGAGGCACCAAUCAAUACGCCCCACCCCCGGACCCUAACAGCCAUAGCUUCGACCCAAACUCAGUGGCAGCAACUGAUGGUGGCAGCGGUGGAGGCGGCGCGGUAUCUGGCAUCAGUACCAGUGAAUGGAUCUCACAUAUUCUCAUGAUCGUGGGCUGGUUUAUCCUCAUCCGAGCUGUCAGCGAUUUCCUCCGAGCACGCCGUCACGAGCAGCUGGUCUUGCAAAGCCCAGACCGCGGGCUGGGUGUUCCCAUCAUUGCUGAAGGCGAGCGGUCGGAAACUGUCGUCUAA